AUAUUCAUAAGGUAACCCACACCUGUUUCCAGGUAACCGAUGCUGGACUCCUGAACCGUAGCGGUGUGUAUGUGAGGGAGCGAUCAGCGUGGUAACUGUUUCUCUCAUUCUCUGCUUCGAUCAGUAACCAGGGCUUCUGCAAGCAAAAAAAUACAAGAUCAUGAAGAAUCUCUGACCUGGAUAUUGGACUCAAACCACCACCACCACCACCACAACACAACCUCUACUACAAUCUAUGUCCAUGUGUAUUGUUUGAAGGUUUUUGGCAGAUGGACCACAGACAGUGUUGAAAAUUGAACAUAAAGUCUGGAAUUCAGUCGAUGGUGGUUUGACCGGACAUUCGAGGGACUUCUCGCUCUCGGUUUUCACUUCGCCAGGGUUUUUUUUUUUGGAAAAAGUGACCAUGAAUCCGCUUUGGAAAGUGUAUAAAAGCAAGGUGAUGAAGACCCUCAACCCUGACACAGAGGAAGAGCCUGCUGAAGAGGUGUGUGAGACAGAAGAGGAAAUGACUCCUGUCGAACAGGAUGAAGGACCCAGUGCUGUGUCACAGCUGGCAAAAAGAGUACAGGGUGUGGGGACGAAGAGCUGGAAGAGUGUGUCAGCUCUAUUUAGUAAAGACGACGAGCACCAGCUCCUGGAGACUGAGACUGAGAGUCAGCCUGUACCGGACCACCCACUGGCGAUAAAGCCAGAAGAGCCGACACGACACAACAAACGCAACACAGGAUUCUGGGACACGUUCGCCACCAAGUGGAACCAGUCAGCCGCUAUGAGACAGGCCGAAGCAGCGGAGGCGGCCGAAGAGGGUAGAUCCGAUGUGAGGAGUCAAGAAGAAGGAAAUCAGGGAGGAGUGGAGAACACAGUGGGUGAUGGAGAUGAAGAUGGAGGUGGAGGUGGCCAGGGCAACAGCUUCUCCAGAUAUGCCUCUCUGGGUGGGUCAAAUGAUGAUACACCUGCCUUUAAAUGGAACUUUAUGACGAGCAAGCUGGCCGAGCUGAAAAGCAAAAGUACGGCCAAGAGCAACUAGCCAACGAUAUAAGAAGACGCCAGAGACAGAAAUGAAAUAAAAACGGGUGGGAUUUUGUCUGUAUCUGGAUUGGUUGUUCUUUCUGAAUGAACCUCUCUUCUUCUUAGCUUCCAGUUUUACUUGAUGUACUGCUUCAUGACACACACUCUUCAGGGAAUUAUGCACAACAUACUGUACACUAUUGAACCUUCAAUCACAAAACGAGCAUGAUGUGCAAUCACAAUAUUCUCCUGAUGGCAAUUUUGCUCCACAGUAUAAGAAACAUCCCUGUUAUUUUUUUGCACUAUAAAUAUACUAGUCUAGUUUCCCUUUAAACCGUCUCCCAGACAUCAAUACCGUAACUGUAAGUCUUUAAAUCAUCAUAUAAAGACGUUAUCGUGUUCUGUAUACCUUUAUUAAUUCAUUUAAUAAGCAGCUACAGACUUAUUACCGUCUAAUCAGCAUUAAUAAUUAGCACACAAUAAUGCUAAUUUCUGCUAGUGCCGUUAGAUAUAUGGUUUUCAAUGUCGUGUUUUGCUGCAUUUUAAUUUACUCAAUAAUCAAAAAAGAUGAACACCGAAUUAGCAAAGUUCCUUGCAGGACAUUUUGUAAACAAACUUCAGAGACAAAAUAAAAUGGCGGCAUACACGGAGAACACAUUUUUCUGUUAGGAAACUUGGAUUUCAACAUAAUACAACUUGAUAAAAGUUGCAGACAGUAAAGGAAGGCGUCGUGCUAGCAGCGAUAUUUCAGAUCGUUCUAGAUACGUUUUUUGUUCGUGUUCAUGGUUUUGAAGAAUUCAAUGUAGUCACGAUCAAAUUUCACAUAUACUGUAGUGUCUAGUCGAAACAUCGAUAAAAUACUACUGUUGAAAUACAUGCUGGAAAAAAACAAAACAAAACACAUUAUAAUGUGAGAAUAUAAUAAUGAUAGUAUCGCUAGAGCAGGCAAAAUAUAUGUGUUUAUUGUUGGUUUAAUAUGUGAAACCGGAGUGUGUGUGUGUGUGUGUGUGUGUGUGUGUGUGUGUGUGUGUGUGUGUGUGUGUGUGUGUGUGUGUGUGUGUGUGUGUGUGAGAUGUCAUCAUGAUGCCUGCUGUAAGUUGUUUGCUCUCUUGUCCAUAUUUUUCUGAAUGUAUUGUUCUGUUUCAUUCUUUCACCUUCACAACAACAAAAUCUAAAAUAAAUGAUGAAGUCCAUAUUUGGUUUUAUCUUUCAGACUCGUUUCAUUGUUAAAUUGUUAAAUUGUAAUUUGGGCUCCAGAUGAACAGAUAAAUCACUGAACUCACAUAUUA